CAGAAGAAUCAGGACCGAGUGGAGGUGAGUGGUAGAGACCGCAGCGAGGAAGGACAGGGUGUUGCUCCUCCUCCUCCUGCUAAAGUCCCGCGGACGGAAGAGGAGGAUUGCUCCAAGUCGCCAUGUGAGGGGGAAACAAGUGGAGAUAAUUGUAUGCCCACCACCACCUCAUCCUCAACCAUGUCAAGUGACACCCCGCCCUCCCUCCCUCCCCUGCGCCACUUCUCACUGGACAGGGUUCUCUCGGAGGACGUGGCCACCAAGACCACAUCCAUGGCCGGCCACUUUACCUCCACUGGCACUGACCCCUCCCUCACUGCUGUGGUGAUUGCAGAAAAGAGGCCGCUGUCACAGGACGACCUACGCACCCGAGUGUUCAACGCGGACACAAAGUUCUCGAUGGCUACCAGUAACAACAUCUACAGUCAGGUAGUGGCGGAGUGUGGGGGUAGUGUGGGGAGCCUCAAGUUGCUCACAGUCUACCCCGCGACGGAGGCCCAUCUCAGGAAGUACUCUCGGCAGGUCCGCCAUGUCAUUCACGAGACGCCCCAGGACUAUGAGACCGUCACCAGACCUUUUAUCGAGAGCCAGUCUUUCAACAUUCAGUGGGUAUACAACAUCCUGGAGGGCAGGGAGGAACAAGAUCGUAUCAUAUUCCAGGACUCGGACCCAGAGACUGGGUUUGUGUUGCUCCCAGACUUCAAAUGGGAUCAGAAAGAUCUCGAGAACCUGUACCUCCUGGCCAUCUGCCGCAGGAGGGACAUUGGCUCUCUGCGUGACCUCACAAGUCACCAUCUACCACUGCUUAGGAACGUUCUGGAGAAGGGGCAGGAGGCAAUCGGUAAAAAGUAUGGGAUUCCGGGUGACCAGUUGAGGGCCUAUGUCCACUACCAACCGUCCUACUACCAUCUCCACAUACACUUCACACAACUGUCGUACACUGCCCCCAAGACCUGCGUGGGGGAGGCCCACCUAUUGCACGACAUCAUCGCUAAUAUCGAGACCUUUGACCCCAACUACUACCAGAAGUGUACCCUCAGUUUUACCGUCAGUGAGUCGAGUUUGCUGUGGGAAGCUUACCAGAACCGUUCUGCUGCUCUUCUCCAACACAAAUAGAACACAAAAGUUUUACUUUUUGACUAACAAUUUUUACUGUUGACUUAGUCUUUUUCCCAGACCCCUCACAUGCUCUUACGUGCUCCCAUUAUUGAAAAGCAAACGUCGCGAUUUCUUUGCUUUGCUGAGUCAGCCAUUUCGAAAAGUGGGUAAGCAAAUCUGAUUGUCGUGCACGUGAAAUGAAGAAAGCAGUCCUUUCGGGUGCAUUAGGAACUACCCAUAGAGACUUUGUUGAUAGGAUCAUAGACAGCAUCAUGCACGACCUUAUAUAGAGAGGCAUACAUACGCAAGUGAGAUGUAAGAC